UAUAUGAGCCUUAGCCCAGGGGGACGAGGGCAGACACUCUGAGCCACUCCUUCCUGUUUCCCGUUAAGCACAUGCACUCUCUGUCCUCUCUCCCAAGGUGGGCACCGUGGGUCGGUAAUUAGAAAAAGCAAGAAGAUCCUCCUCUGCCUUGGUACUCCAGCCACCACCCGGACCCGUUCAGGCGAGGGGCGACACCGCGGCCUGCAGGUCUACAAGGAGUCCCUUGAAGAGGUUUGAACUGGGCAAGACAGGUGCCCUCACUCUAAGCCUGCUUGGCAUGUGUAAUCAGAAGAGAUUCUGAAGAUUUCCAAAAGCUGAGGACAUGGGGACCCUGGCUGUGGAACUGCUGUCCAGUGAUCACUCAGGAUAACAGGAGAUGUCAUCUGACCGGCUGUUCAGCCCAGGAUGCCCACGCCCCCUCUCCUCUACCAGGCUGCACAGAAGCUGGAGUGCCCACAGAGGCAGGCCACCAGGCCAGAACAAUAUCCACCUAUCCUCUAGCACCUUGGGCAUCCUAUCCUUUUACACCAUGUCUGUGAGCUGCAAGGAGAUGAGACCUCCUCUGACCCAGGAGAUCCUUAGCCAUCUGGGCCUUGCCAGUAAGGUAGGAGAGACUGCAGCUUGGGGAACCCUGGGCACACUCAGGAACUUCUUGAGCUUCAGUGUGGACAAGGAUGUACAGAGGCUACUGAAAGCCAUUACAGGCCAUGUACUGAGGAUCAAACCCAGUGCCCCACAUGUGCUAGGUGUGGAUUGUGGUGCCAUUGUGGAUGUGCUGACCAAUCGCAGCAGAGAGCAAAGGCAGCUCAUUUCUAGAGCCUUCCAGGAGCGUACCCAACAGGACCUGCUGAAGUCCCUACAGGCGGCCCUCUCUGGAAACCUGGAGAGGAUUGUGGUGGCUCUGCUGCAGCCUGCAUCCCAAUUUGAUGCCCAGGAAUUGAGGACAGCCCUGAAGGCCUCAGGUUCUGCGGAGGAUGUAACCAUGGAAAUUCUUGCUACCCGAACCCCACCUCAGCUGCAGGAGUGCCUGGCAGUCUACAGACACAAUUUCCAGGUAGAGGCUGAGGAGGACAUCAAGUCUAAGACCAGUGGCAUCUUGCGGGACCUGCUCCUGGCUCUGGCCAAGGGGGGCCGUGAGAGCUAUACUGGAAUCAUUGACUACAAUCUGGCAGCACAGGAUGUCCAGGCAUUACAGCAGGAUGAAGGAUGCAGCACAGAAGGGCCAUGGGUCCUAAUCUUCACCCAGCGCAAUCCUGAACACCUCAUCCGAGUGUUUGAUCAGUACCAGCGGUGCACUGGGCAAGAGCUGGAGGAGGCUGUCCGGAACCGUUUCCAUGGAGAUGUCCAGGCAGCCCUGCUCAGCCUAGUGGCGGUGAUCAGGAACACACCACUGUACUUUGCUGACAAACUUCACCGAGCCCUCCAGGAAACUGAGCCUAAUCACCAAGUCCUGAUGCGCAUCCUUAUCUCUCGAAGUGAGACUGACCUUCUAAGCAUCCGAGCUGAGUUCAAGAAGAAAUUUGGAAAGUCCCUCUAUUCUUCUCUGAUGCUGUCAUAGGGGAUUGCCGGUCAGCCCUUCUGGCCCUGUGCAGAGCUGAAGAUAUUUGAGACCUCCCUUCCCCCUACCCCAUUCAAGAAUCUGAGAUUCCCAUGUUUGGUUAAGCCUGCAGGAGACCAGCUGGGCCUCCAAAUAGGAUAACCCCUCAUGGUGUACCACAUACCCCAGCUUCUUAUUGAGCUCUAUGUUUCUUUUAAAUCCUUAAUUUCCUUCAUUUCAGAAUGGUGGCUGUACCUGGGCUCUCUGUCCUGGGAUGCAGGGUAACGGAAUCUCUUUGAUAGUUUCUAUCCCACUCAUCUGUCCCAUAUCCUGACCAGAAUCUCUCUCUGGUACUUGAAUUUUUUUGGCAAACUUUA